UCUGAGGGGAAUUUAGUCAUUCUGUUUGUCGCAUCCGUGCCGCAAAGAGUACCAAUCGGCUAGAAAGUGCUAGAAGCAUUUAAAUCAAUUAGAUCGGGAGCAAGUUCAUAUUUGUGUUUCGGAAGCGUUUACUUAAUCAGCGGAAAGGGAAAUAAAUACAGUCAAACGUUACAUUAUUGAGAAAGUAUUUAAACAAAAUUGCUUUAUGAUGAAAAGUUAUAAUUUCUUGUGGCUGAUCACAGUGCUAGUGUUGCUUUCUUUCUACACCGCGCAGACAUGGUCAGCAUAUUUGCCAGUAGUUGAGAAACAUAACCUAAAUCAAUUGGAAGAAAUAUACAAACAACACCUACGAAUUCCAUAUACACACAGUCCAGAAUAUCAAAAAGAUAGCAACGGGGAUGGAGCAGAUCAAGCAGUCAACAGUGAGGGCAAAAGUGAUGGGAGAAGUGAAAUGGCAACAGCAAGAUACAACAACAACGACGCAGACACUUUGGCAGCAUCGUACAUCGACACGGACGAACAGGCCGCUGCACCAGGCGAUUGGCAAUUAUUACCUCAUGGAUCAUACGAUAAAAAGCAUGACGUAGUAGCUGGCAAUGUGCCCGCAUAUGCGUGGUUUUCUGAUCAGAGCGGUGUUUUUCAUGCGUACGAAAAUAGUGACGCGUACGAUGCGUUUAAAGGCGACAGUGACAGCGACAUCGACGACGACGAAAACAGCGAAGAGAAGACAAAUGCACAAAUAUUGAGCCGCAAGCGACGUGGAUUCGAUGAUUGGUUCAUAGCACCCCAUACAAGGUGGUGUGGGCGUGGUAAUUCAGCCAACAAUACCUAUAACCAACUUGGCGGCGCUUCAGACGCCGACAGAUGUUGUCGCCGACAUGAUUACUGUCCCAUGUUUAUUUCGGCUUUCAGUAGCCGCUAUGAAUUGUUCAAUUAUCGUCCAUAUACAUUGUCACACUGCAAUUGCGAUCGACGUUUCCGUACCUGUUUGAAAAUGAACAACGACGAUGCGUCCAACACAAUCGGAGAACUCUUCUUUAAUAUGGUUCCAUCGCAAUGCUUUACACUACGCAACGAACGCCAGUGUCAGCAACGUAACGCCGAGGGCGACUGCAUAAAGGAGACAUUUCGAAAGCGAGCUUAUGUGCGGGACAACCAAAAAUAUUAAGUAAUACAAUGUAGCAAAUAUACAUAUGUAUGUAUAGCGGAGAGCGGGUUGAGAAGGCGUUCAAAAAGGAAUACUGAAAUGAGACUACGAAAUGUGCAGGGAACAGAGCCUUGAGAAGCUAAAGUGUGAGAAAGAUCUAGAAAUUUUUUAAAACAAAACACAAACAUGUACAUUUGAUGCCAGAAGGUGGCGGGCUGCGGCAACCAAAACGUUGUGCUUACUGGAGGCGCUGUGCAUGUAUGCAUGUGUGUGAGAGUGGUGUACAUAUUUAAAAAGCGACUUAUUUAGUAUGAUAUUU